UGAAGGUGUCAUAACUGUUCUCUCUCCCUCUCGCUCUCUAUCACCGCCUUACAGAUCUUUAAAAGCCACUGCUUGCCGUCUCAUACUCGUUCUCGGUUUGUAUCCUCUGGCACUGCAGGGGAGUCCUGGCUGCCUUGCCACUGCACAGGCUGAGCACCAAGCAAAGCUGAAAAUCAAGCAAAGAAAACAGAGAAGGAGAAAGAGAAAUAGACUUCCAGAAAUAGCAUCAGCAGCCACGUAUGACCGAACAGAGCAUGGAGGACCUGAGAUCCGGACGCAAGAUGUAUUUCUUCUCUAACUUGAUGCCAGUUGUCCUGUUGCUCAUUGUCCACUGCGGAUCUGGGUCCCUGGCUAGCCGCUUGGGCCCCCACAAAAACUGCCCUACCUGCAAAGAUGGUGGGGGUGCGGGUCGGGCCUCCAGAGACCACCCCGCUGCGGCCAGAAAGACCGUCCUGGCGUUAGGGGAACCUUGCGGGGUGUACACCCUAAGCUGUGCCAAGGGUCUUCGCUGCGUGCCCCCUCAGCGUGAGCACAGCCCCCUCCAGGCUCUGCUGCAGGGAAGAGGCUUUUGCGCCAAACAGAGCAAAAUCAGUCCCACCGAAAGGCCCUGCCCCACAGUGCCUAAUCCUUCACAUAGUGGUGAAAUAGAAAAGGCUCCAUGUCGUAAGCUGCUCAACACUGUGUUGCGAGGUCUUGAGCUCACCGUUUUCCAGUCCGAUCGUGACAUCUACAUCCCCAACUGUGACACUCAUGGGUUCUACAGGAAAAAGCAGUGUCGGUCCUCUAAGGGCAAGCAGCGUGGUAAUUGUUGGUGUGUCGAUGAGCAGGGCAACACGUUGCGGACACCUGCCAGGGAUGAUGGCACUUUACCAUGUGAUGGAGAGUGAGGGCAGCAACGGCUCCACAGCUCUGAGCCUGGAGGAAGAGAAAGAGGAGUGGUACAGGGAGAGGGGAUGACUUCAGCUCAGUGCAAGAACUGCCUGACCAGGACACACCAGGGAUAAACCACUUCACAUGGAAAGGGCCCUCACUCAGACAGUCCAGACCUUCACAUGGAAGGUUCACAUCACUGCCAUAAAUAAGUCCUCUGCAUCACAAACAGACAAUAUAAGCACACAGAACCAAUGACCACUUUAAGUUUAAGUUGAGAUAGGUCAGCUUUUACAGAGAACUAUUUAAUCUGGGGCCCUAUAGUACAAAUUAUUGUGUGUGUGAUAGCUAUUAACGUAUGUUCUCUCAUUAUGUUCUCUGUUUUUUCUCAGUCGACUCUAGUACUGUUAUGCAGAUGGCGUAACGAUGUCUACUAUGUGCUUACCGUCCCCUCUCCCCCCUCUCUAAAAAUACACUGACAAAACUAUGCUUAAAGGAAUAGUUCAUUAUUUAUUCAUCUCACUCAUGCCCUUCCAAACCUGUAUGCUGUUAUUUGUUCUUGGAACACAAAAGGAGAUAUUCUGAAGAAUAUUUGCGCAGCUCUUUCCAGCUGUCAAGCUCUAAAAUGGAAAACAAAACCCACCGUACAAUUAGUCCUACUAUUCCAAGUCUUUUGAAAUCAUUUGAUAUUAAAGGGGUAGUUCAUCAUUUAUUCACCCUGAUGCCACGCCAGAUGUGUGACUUUCUUUCCUCUGCUGAACACAAACAAAGAUUUUUAGAGAAUAUCUCAGCUCUGUAAGUCCAUAUAAUGCAAGUGAAUGGUGACCAAAACUUUGAAGCUUUGUGGUCAAAAACUUUGAAGCUUUGGGGUCAAAAACUUUGAAGGUCCAAAAAGCACAUAAAGGCAGCAUAAAAGUAAUCCAUACGACUCCUGUGGUUAAAUCCACUGAUCUGUUUUUCACCCACAUCUAUCCUAUCACUUCAGAAGACAUCGAUUAAACCACUGGAGUCAUAUGGAUUACUUUUAUGCUGCCUAAAAUGACAUCAAUUUUGGUCUCUUCCUCACACAAUUGUAUGGCUUCAGGAGACUUGAACUAUAGAGUUGAAUGGACUACUUUUUUAUUGGUUCUUUAUUGGCGUUUUAGUCUUUUUUAAGCCUUGACAUGGUCAUGACCUGGUCACUUUUUGUCAUUGGAAAAUUCUUUAAAAUGUCUUAAUUAGUGUUCCAGGUAAAAACAACAAUAUACGGGCAGGAUCAGGGAGUAACGAAAUACAUGUAAUGGGAUUACGUAUUUAAAAUACAAAAUAUAAGUAACUGUAUUCCAAUUUAAAUCAUUGGUAUUUAGAAUACAGUUACAUUCAAAAAGUAUUUUGAUUACUGAAGAGAUUACUUUGCAUUUUAUUGUCAUCUGUUUAAUUUAAUGUUUAGUCCUUUCAGAUGGAAAACAUUUAUACAUAUAAAUGAUGCGAUCCAAAGUGCAUUUGAACAGCGGUGAAACACUUUCUUAUGAUGUGUUACAUUCAUACGAGCAGACAGAGAAGUACGUUUGGAGCACAAGAAAUAGAAAUAAACCUUGUGUAAAUUGUUAGCUUUACACUAAGUUAAAAUGCUAUUUCUAGACAUUUUACAUGCACAUGUUACCAGGAACGAUCAUAUUUUGUCAUCAAGAAAAUUCAUGUUGGAUCAUAAUUUCUUUUUUCUACUAAGACCUUUGAUAUUAGGGCAAAAAUCAUAUUCUUGAUAAUAAUUGUUAUAUUGUUUUCCUGUAAAAAUAUCUAAAAAUCAUUAAAACAAGAUCCAUUUGAUUAAUUUUGUUUUAGAAACAACACUGCAUAUGAUAUUUAGGUUUUUCAGAGAAUGUAUUUUUAACAUGUGUAUUUUGUCUUACUGUACUGGCAGAGUUUUUAUAGUAAAUCUACCAGUGCUAAAGAAGUAAUCCAAAGUAUUUAGAAUACGUUACUGACCUUGAGUAAUCUAACAGAUUACAUUACAGAUUACAUUUUACAGCAUGUAUUCUGUAAUCUGUAGUGGAAUACAUUUCAAAACUAACCCUCCCAACCCUGUACAUGGGUUUGGAACAACACGAGGGUGAAUAAAUAAUGACAUAAUUUUCAUUUUGGGGUGAACUAUUCCUUUUAGAAAAUGGAAUAUACAUUUUCGUCGAAUUUAUUCUGGAGUAUUACAAAAUUUCCUUGAAUACCUUCCUUGAAGACUUGCAUACUCUUGAAUUAUACGCAUUGUCAUAUAGAGACAUCAAAAUAUUAUCAAAUGUGCACGUGACUUGGAAAGUACUCUUCAUUUUCAUUACUAUGGCACUCUGACUGCAAAUACGUGUUGUGGAUUAUUUGUACAUAUGUAUGUUAUUUUCGUGGUUGGUUGUGUCAUAAGGUGGAACUAUUCUUGAAUGCUGAUGCCUGUUACCUUUUUUGAGAAGUUGUAAGACAUAUUUUUAUAUAUUUCAAUAUGCUAUAUUAUAUUGCUGGUUUAUUUAAUGAACUAUAAUGCCAUGUAUUUUUAUAUUGUCAGCAGUUUUUCAUUGUCAAAAUAGAGCUUAUUUUAUUUGCUGAGAGAGCGAGCGACAUGCAUUGGUGCACCUUACUAUGGAACAGGCUAGAAAAAAAUGACAAAUACACAUUUUAAACACACCCCUUAGAGAGUAAUUACUGCUGUACAUGUGUUUGUUUUUAUAAAAUUAUUAUUUCAUUUCACUUUUUUUUAUUAUUUAUGUUGAUCUGUUGACCCUUCAGUGUUUGAAAGUGUUAUUAUAUUGCUUAAAAGUCUUCAAAGUUUCAGAUUGUAUUCUGGUUUUGCUUUUAAAUUUUGUUCAGAAUUCUGUGUUUACUCGUUCCCACAAAUUCAUUGAGAAAAAGUACACAAAAUAAUGUCUGAUAAAAUGUACCUCACACUGAAUUUGUUGUAUCAAUAUAUGUGCCAGUCAUUGUGGGCCCUUGAAAAAGGAAGACCUGCAAAAAACAACUAUGAGAAAAAAAACUGACACAAAGAAAAAUAAAUUGACUAUAUAAAAAAGGCUUGACUAUUUGC